AUGCACGAUACAAGAAGUGUCGUAAAAUCCUCAACCGUGUCGUAAAUAUUGAAAUUAUGCUUUCCGGUUGCUCAUAUGUUCGCUGGUAAACAUGGAGGCCAUGGAGUUUGACAGCUUGGACGUUAAAGAUGACCACAACCACAAUUACUGCGGCAGCAGCGGCGCUAAAGUCCGUAGGUUCCUGGGCGGACGUCUGUCCGGAUCAGAGGUCUGCCCGACGACGCAGGACAGAGAGCGGACGACGGGACGCUGGAAGGUCCGGCCCGGUACCGCCGGAGGGUCCAGGCUUAUGGAGUCCGAUACCGACAGUGAAAGUAGUGAAGUCAGCGACGCCGACUCUCCGGGUUCCCCGGCGGCCAACGCCGAGAGGAAAGUUUCCCCAGAUCCAACCUCCAAGUUCCUUCUGAAUGCAAUGGCGGUGGAGGACUACAGGAAGAACCACUGGCCCAACCUGGAGAAGGCCAUCGACCGUUUGCUGAUCCAGAACCCGACGGACCACGUCUCUGUUUCCUAUGCACAGAUAUACGGCUACAUCUACAAGUGUGUCUGCCAGCAGCACUCGGAGCUGCUCUACAGCGACCUGACCUCAAAAAUAACGACUCACCUGCAGCAGGUUUCCUCGCAGCUUCAGGCCAGCCCUGCUGAGAACCUAAUCGAGAACUUCAACCUUGCUCUGACACAAUACACGGCCUCUCUGCAGUGCAUCGUUCCCGUCUUCAUCUACUUUAACAAAUUUUACAUCGAGUCUAAACUGAACCGAGACUUGAAGGAGGAUCUGAUGAAGCUGUUCGCUGACCAUGUUGCAGAAAAACAUCUGAGCGCUCUGAUGCCUCUGCUUCUCAAAGCUCAUUCCAAGCCUUUUCAAGUGCAGCCGUCCACCAUGGCCAGCGUGGUCAAAGGUCUCUACAGCCUUCAGCCGGAAUGGGCCCAUUUGGCUCCAGCACUUUUCUCUGCCUUCAUUCCUCAAAUCCACCCUCCUGCUGUGGAGUCUCAGCUGCCUGAUUACGCCGCACACGACCAGAAGCUUCAGAUGGAGCUCUCCAUGAACGGCUUUCCACGGGGGGAUCAGUCUCGCAAGCGUGCCAGUGAAGACUCUUGAUGUCGGAGUCCGCUCCUCCACAUCCGUGCCUCCUCCUUCUCCCAUGAGACUUGGUACAAAGUUAACAAUCCUCCAGUUCUCUUGAAUCAAGGCCACGACACACUGUGAAGGGCAAAUGUGUCAAGGUGACGUUGAAACGCAGAGCUAAAGCUGGAAAAUGAAGAAGAGUGACUUCCAAUCGAGUGAGACCUUCAGGGAUCCUGAGAUGCUCUCUGCUCCUUCCAAAGGAGAGAUCAGACAUGCAGAAGCUGCAUUCCUAACCUUUAACCUGGAAGAUGUUUUAGAGGGCGGGGCUAAUCCAAACUUUCUGUUGCUGCUAAUAAAUCGUGCAUGUUACCCAGAGACUCCACGCAGAGGAGUGAAGUCGUGAUUUUGCGCUUCGUGUUGCCUUCACUGCAUCAGUAAACCAGAUUGUACUGUAUUUCCCAGUUCUGCCAAAGAGGAAUGAGUACACGUAUGUUUACUUCAUGUACAGGGCAUUUGGUUUAAGAGCAAAUCGUUAGUUUACUGGAAAAGAUACUGAGCCGACCAUUUAUUUUAUUUUUUGUUUUUGUUUCCAUACUUAAGUUGUUUUCGGAGAUGUUUUGGAAGCUGUGCAUGUGGCAUUAACGGAAAUCCUUCAUCACAGACACAUCAUCUGUUUAGAUCAACCUCACAUGAAAAGGUGUUUUUGUUUCUUGUACAUUUAUUGUCCCUAACAUGUUCCUGUAAAUAUUAGUUGUGUGUUUUUGUGCUUCAAACAGCUUUAUUCACACAUGCUUCUGUUUUGUGAUACGACCCACUUGAAUUGACCUGUUUGACGUCAUGAUCUAACACUGUUUUAAGUGUAGUAGGAUGGUAAAGCUUGCUUUUGCGUCAUUUUUGAAUAAACUAAAAAAAUAUUAAA